AUGGCACAGCCUACUGGGUUCGUUGCUGGUUCAUCUGCUUCUGUGGCUAUGCGCCCUACGGGGCAGGAUAUUCAGGCGCCAGCAGGCCGUGGUAGAGGACGUGGUGGAGCUUCCAGUUCUAGUGGUCCCUCGAACCGUAUAUAUGCUUUGACUAAUAGGCAGGAUCAGGAGGCGUCACCUAAUGUGAUCACAGUCCCAGGUUCCACCUUAUCAUUUAUAUCUCCCUUUGUUGCUUGUAGGAUCAGAAUAGAGUAUGAGUUGAUAGAACCAAUUGAGGGGAAAGAUAGUUCGAUUUCAAUUUCCAGGGGAACCGAUUAUAUAGUGGAAGGGGAGUACAGUAUCGCCGAAAGGCCUAGUACGUCACCUUGGGGAGCACCGGUACUGCUUGUGAGGAAGAAGGAUGGGUCGCUGCGGAUGUGUAUUGAUUAUAGGCAGGUGAACAAAGUAACAAUAAAGAACAGGUAUCCCCUCCCAAGGAUUGACGAUCUAUUUGACCAGUUGCAGGGUGCAAAGUGUUUUUCAAUGAUAGACUUGCGGUCAGGUUAUCAUCAGGUGCGGGAGCAUGCAGACCAUUUAUGGACGGUACUUAGGGUGCUUCAGCACCAGAAGUUGUAUGGUAAAUUUUCUAAGUGCGAGUUCUGGUUGACUUCAGUGGCAUUCUUGGGGCAUAUUAUUGGAGCUGAUGGUAUUCAGGAGAUUCGUAGAAAAGGUUGCCUCAAUUCAGCGCCUUUGAAAAGGCUAACUGAAAAGGCAGCCAAGUUCCAGUGGACUGAUGCUUGUGAGCGAAGCUUCCAGCCAUUGAAAGACAAAUUGACUACAGCUCUAGUCCUAACUCUUCCGGAGGGACCAGACGACUAUCUUGACAGAUGUACAACCAGAAAGGAGGGAUAUGGUUUGGGAGAUUCAGCGGCUAUCCAGCCUUGGAGUCCGCUGGCUAAUUCAGAAGAUAGUGGAGUUUCUAUUCGAGAGGUUACUGAGUCCUCAAUCAUAGAUGAGGUAAAGAGACACCAAUACAAGGACCCUAUUUUGUCACAGUAUAGAGAUGCAGCUCUUCAAAAGGAAAAGACCCCAUUUAAGGUUACACCUGACGGAGUGUUACGAUAUGAAGAUAGGCUGACGAAAUCGGCCCAUUUUCUUCCAGUCAGGACUACUUAUUCAGCUGAAGAUUAUGCGAGGUUGUAUGUCAGGGAGAUAGUGAGACUUCAUGGGGUUCCCACGUCCAUUAUAUCAGACAGAGGAGCUCAAUUUACAGCCAACUUUUGGAGAUCGUUUCAGAAGGGAUUGGGGACACAGGUGAACCUUAGCACAGCAUUUCACCCUCAGACUGAUGGGCAGGCUGACUACCAUUCUAGUAUCCAGAUGGCACCGUACGAGGCCUUAUAUGGGAGGAAGUGCAGAUCACCUAUUGGUUGGUUUGAUGUUGGAGAGACUAAGUUAAUAGGCCCGGAUGUGAUUCAGCAAGCUGUUGACAAGGUGAAUCUUAUUCAAGAAAGAUUAUUAGCAUCCCAGAGUCGACAGAAGUCAUAUGCAGAUAAUCGUCGUCGAGAUUUGGAGUUUCAGAUUGGUGACUGGGUAUUCCUGAGUGUAUCACCCAUGAGGGGUGUGAUGAGAUUCGGCAGGAAGGGGAAGCUCAGUCCGAGAUACAUUGGGCCUUAUCAGAUUGUUCGUAGGAUAGGCAAGGUUGCCUAUGAGUUGGAUCUACCAUCUGAUUAG